UUUUGCGCUCUUUAAUUAAUCAAAGUAUUCCCAAUUAGAAUGUAGUGUAUUGCGAGAUUUAAUAAAUUUAAUUUGUUUAUAUUUAUGCACACUUUUUAAGACAUAUCAUAUUUCGAAUCCACAUUCUUUUACAUCAUUAAGAAUAUAGUUGUACACUAUUUAAAAUUGUUUCGCCAUGUCUGAAAUGCGUAUCCGUCCGCGACAAGUGCUCAUACUUAUUAUUGUAUUCUUAGUAGUCUUGCUUUUAGUGCAUCGGAAUGGGAAGCGCACUUGCCAGGGGCCCGAAUUUUUGCAGGCUAUUUAUGCAAAACAAUCGGAGAGCUCUUUAACGAAAAUUUAUGCAAUAACGCCAACAUACAGUCGCCCUUCACAAAAAGCCGAACUAACCAGAUUGUCUCAUAUAUUCAUGCUUAUGCCUAAUUUGCAUUGGAUUUUAAUUGAAGAUUCCAUUACAACGACAGCAUUAGUGCGCAACCUGUUGACACGGGCAGGUUUAACGGAACGUUCCACCCAACUCAACAUUAAAACACCAGCCAAUUAUAAAUUGAAGAAUAAAGAUCCAAAUUGGCUGAAGCCGCGUGGAGUGGAACAACGAAACUUAGCACUAAGUUGGAUACGAACAAAUGUGGAUCCGGCGGCGCAUAGUGUGAUAUUUUUUAUGGAUGACGACAACUCUUACAGUGUUGAGUUGUUUGUGGAAAUGACUAAAAUCGAACCGGGACGCGUGGGCAUAUGGCCAGUCGGUUUAGUGGGUGGGCUUAUGGUGGAAAAACCUAUACUUAAUGCCGACAAUACCCAAGUAAUUGCUUUUAAUGCAGCAUGGCGACCGGAGAGACCAUUUCCUAUUGAUAUGGCCGCAUUCGCCAUCAGCACUGAUUUAUUAUUUAAAUAUCCACAAGCUCAAUUUGCUUACGAAGUGGAGCGUGGCUACCAAGAAAGUGAAAUAUUAAGACAUAUAACAACAAGAGAGCAAUUACAACCUUUAGCAAAUCAUUGCCGCGAUGUGUUGGUGUGGCAUACGCGCACUGAAAAAACAAACCUCGUAUCCGAAAUAAAACUGAAUAAAGAGGGAAAACGUUCUGAUGAUGGCAUGGAAGUUUAACAUUAAUAAAAUAAAAUAUAUGACUUAAUAGUUUUUAAUAUGUUUUUAGCAAAAAAUACUUUGGUAGAAACUAAAUUCAAUUGACGUCCAUGCCUUACUAUACGAAAAAAGCAUAUCUAAACCAAGUGAUAAAGUUUGUAAAUCGCAUUACUUCCACAACAUGUAUGUCUAUAAAUUUAUAAUGAUGACUAUAAACAUAUUUAAUUCUUUUAGUAUUAAAUAAUACAUGCAUAUUUUAAGUAGUAUAAUAUUGUAAGUAGUAUUAUUUUUAAUAUGUGGAAAGUAAGCGCAUAUUUUUCUAAAUAUUGUUGACAUGCACUGAAGGUGUAUAUUUGCGCUUAAAGGUUUCCACCAUUCAACGAGAUUUGUCAUUGACCUUAUUUUUUAAACAUUGUAAAGCUGUCCAUAGUUCUUUUUAAUGAGAAAAGUGCAAUAAAAUCAGAUAAUCAAA